UCUCGGGACCUGGGGUUCCUGUGGUAUCGUAGAAACAUUUUCGCACAUUUUUCGUGCCGCUUAUAUGGAAAAAAUAUCGCAAAUAAGCGAUAGUGGCCGGUAUGCUUUUUGGUUACUGAGAGUGUGCAAAGUUCGCUUUUAAAUAUUUCUUUCUUUUUUAAUUUGCUCUCAUUUAUUUCGUAAAUUUAACUAAUCUAAGGUCGAUAUCUUUGCCAGAGUACUUUUACAAGAGAGCAGGAGGCGAAUGACAUUGACUCUCACCUUGGUACUGUAAGGACAAUUUUUAAUACGAUUACAAGAACUCUGCUUUGGUUCAACAACAAAUCUCCGAUUCUUCGUCGAUCAUCAUUUAUCCUGUGGACUGAAAAACGUCCUUUUCGCGUGCUGUUUUCUAAUAUCAUCACUUAUGAGUAGUUUGUAGCUGCUGGUUUGCCUGGUUAAAGGGGAAUAAUCAUCUCCCUUGGAAACCUGUUUUCGUGAAAUUAUAUUUGCGGUUUUUGUAGCAGACGUCAGUAAUCUAACAGACUACACUUCGAUGACUGCAACUUUGGUCGAUCAGUUUCAACAUCGGUCACCUUGGUUUCAAGUGUUUACAAUGCUGAAUUCGUGGGUGAUUCCAGUCUUAUGAAUAACCAUUUUCACUUUCUGUUACCGCACUGAAUAUGGAAAAAUUUAUAUGUUUCCAUCAGGUGCCUUAAGCAGAGUUCAGACCAACCCAAUCUACGUACUCGGUCCAGCUGCAUCCUCUUAUUUUCUCUACGAAAAAGCGUCUUAUUUUACUGCUCUAUCAUGCGAUUUAGGUUGAAAAGAACUUGUAAAUGUCUAGGAAUUUUGGUAGCCUGUACGAUUGUUUAUUUCUUCGUAAACUGCGGUUUUGAAGGCUGCGGAAAACAACAACUUGAUCCUAUACACGUGGCAAAGUCGCAUCCCAAACUCGGGAAAAUGAUAAACAUUGAAGACUUCUGGACUCCUGUAAAAACGAAAAUUGUGCCUGACGGAGCAGGAUCAAACGGCGAACCUGUUCAAACGGCCCCGGAAAAUCAGCAAGACAAAGAUCGCGCUUACGCAGAGUAUGGUUUUAAUCAAUACAUCAGUGAUAAAAUUUCUUUGGAUCGCACGAUCAAAGAUACCAGACAUAAUGCGUAAGUAUAAUAGAUAUCAUGCAUGGCUCACUAUCAAUGCUCUGUUUUUGUGUCUUUGAUCACGCUUUCUUUGUUUGAAAUACAUAUGUAUUUUGGUCAAGGUUCCUAAAAAAUUAAUGAGUUGAAUUUCAAGCUCUCCUUAUGAAAGAAAGUAUAUAGUAAUUGCUUUAUUUGUUAUUAUAUUUUUCUGCCCUUUGAGAUUUUUCAAGCACUUUCAUAAAUACUCAUUGACUUACUCAAUUUUUCUCUUGUGAGAAUUAAAACAGUUUCAAAAAGUCUCUUUUGGGAUUGUGCUGUAUUUGUAAAUAUUUUACCUUGGAAGUUGAUAGCUACCUGAUUCUGUGUAACUUAUAGUUUUCUUAUUGAAAUCAAUUAUUUAUAAAAUGUUUGGUGUAACAUAUUUAAGAUAUUUUCUUGAUUAAAUUCCAUGACCCUGGAUUAAUCCUGGGUCUAAAAGGAAAAGUUGUAAGUAAGCCCCUUUAGCAUUUAUUUAUUUAUUUAUUUUAACUGUAAGAUGAUUGCGAAUAUACGCAGGUGUCAAGUAUGGUCAUUAAUAUCCCUUUGUAUAACAAACACUGGACCCUAAUAAACUGCAUUCUUAAGAAAAUGCUUCAUCCCCUCGGUCAAGUCUAAAAUAAAUACUGGUAGUACAGCCCAGGGGGUACUCCCUUACAUAAGCCAUAUAGGUAUCUGCCACCCCAAAGGUCUGGUUAUCCAGCCUUUUGGUCUGAAAACGGGUAUAGACCCUGCCCAUUUUGGAGUGGAAUCGGGUAUGGUUUUCAAGUGAACUACUGGAGUGUAUAAACUUAUUAAUUGUUUCAACUCCAAAUUAGUAAGACAGGAAGAGAAAUAUGCCAGUUUGGAAUAAAUCUUAAGAAAUCUUUUUUGUUGGUUGGUGUUCUAAUCUGAGUAAUAAAGACAUAAUUUCUUAGAGGCCAGGUCUGAAAAGGGGUGUGAAAAAUGACAUUUUUUGGUCUCAAAUAGGCUCAGGACUUGGAGAAACAGGCGGCACACCCCCACCAAGAAUUCCCAGGAGUACCUGGGGCAAUACAGUGUAUGUGUUGUAGGUCAAAUUUAAUUUCAAGUUAAUUUUUACUUAACCUAGGAGAAUUUGCAAUUUUGUAAAUCUACCCAGGUUCAUAUGAAAAUUUCAGUACUGAAAAGCUCAAAAUAAAUUUUACAUUGCGAUUAUUUUGGUCAUGCUUAUUAUUAAAGCGGGUUAAACCAAUAACCUGUCAUUUACAGAUUAGUGACAACGGAAUUGUUACUAUGCUAUUUUUAUGAUUUUAUUUCCUUUAGAUGCAAGAAACGAACAUACCCUUGGAGUCUUCCAAAGGCUAGUGUGGUAAUUGUGUUUCAUAAUGAAGGUUGGUCAACAUUAUUACGCACAGUACACAGCGUAAUCAACAGGUCGCCUCCACAUAUGUUGCAGGAAGUAGUAAUGGUAGAUGACUUUAGCAAUAAAGGUCAGUAAUUUACAUAUUUACAGUAAGAUAUUACUGCUAACUGCAUGCUUAGCUCAACAAAUUGGAUAUUACACUUCAGCCAUUUAAGUCUCAAGAGUGAUCAACGUCAAUUUUCUCCUUGCAGUAUUGAUUUUAAUGCAGGAAAAAAGGUUUGACAACUAAUAAAAUGGUCACCAAAGAUCUUUUGUAAAUUUUUCUCAACUACUUCUUAAGUAAAUGUAUGGAGAUCAGUCUUGUAGAAUUUGUGUGUUGAUAUGGGGGCUUAAGGGGUUAAAGUGCUCAGCGGAACAACACUCACGGUCUUGAAAUAAAGAUGAGGAAUGUGUUGCCUUUGCUGUAAUGUAUGCAAUUGAUUAGACAUUCUUAUCAGUCUUCUCUGACCUGCUUUUGUGUCAGGACCAUUGACCCUUUAAACCCUGAUAUCAAAGUAUAAAUUCUCAUUUGUUGUCUCUAUACAUUUCCUAUAGAAAUAGUGGGGAGAAGUUGUUACAGUAUCAAUUAAAUUCAUCUUGUGUUAUCAAUCCCUUAAUUCUUGUGACCAUAACAAAGAUAUUACAAGGAGAAAGUUGAUGCUGAUCACUCUUAGGGCUUAAAGGGCUAAAGAAUCCCCUGCGAUGUUUGAAAAGAAAGUAGGGAGUAGACUCAGGUGGCGUGGUCAAUGAUUUGGGGGUUGGUUGUUUCUCUCAUAGUAAUAACUAUUAUUUGGGUGGUUAAUGUCCAACCAAAGAUUUGUAAGAUAUAAGCAUGUUUACAUCCCAGUAAUAAUUAAUAUCAACCCCAAGCCACCCAACCCCUAAAACAUUGACCAUAUCAAAUGGCUCUACUCACUCAUCCCUUGUCUUUUAAAUGGUGCAGCAGUGGUUAUCAGUUUCUUGAUAUGCAAUAUUAUAUUGGCUACCUGUAUCUUCUGGAACUUUAGGGUUCUAGACCUACCAGUAUGGUAUAAAUAAGAAAAAAGCCUUGAGUUAACUACAAUGAUUGGGUUUGACGUCAAUCACUAAAAUGACAUGUUAAAAAUUACUACUUUUUUAUCCUUUUUUUCUGCAGAAUUUCUAAAAGAAAAACUGGAAGAUUAUACAAAGAAAUUAGGAAACGGGAUAGUCAAGAUUGUUAGGACCAAUGAAAGGGUAGGCCUGAUAAAGGCAAGAUCAAUUGGUGCCGUUAAUUCAGUUGGAGAGGUUGUACUUUUUCUGGAUGCUCAUUGUGAGGCUAAUGUGGGUUGGUUACCUCCUUUGCUGGAACGUAUCGCUCUUGAUCGUCGGACUGCAGUUUGUCCAACAAUAGACUUUAUUGAUCAUAACACUUUUGAAUACAAACCUAUGGAUCCUUACAUAAGAGGGACUUUUAAUUGGAGAUUUGAUUACAAGGAGAGACCAGUUCGACCUGAAGAUAUGAGGAAAAGGAAAGAUCCUACUCAAGAAGUCAAGUAUGUUUAGAAAAGAAUAAUUUCUGUUAUUGGACCUGUUUCACACAGCUUAUUUUGAGGUUUUAUAUUUUGACAAAUAUGCUAAAGGUAGGAUCUUGGAAACAUAUAUAAAAAAACAAUAUUCAGUGGGGAUUAAGUUUGUUGAUUUUGCAAGAUAAAUUUUUGUUCAAGAUUUUGGUAGCUGUCAAAAAAAAAGCCUGCAGAUUGCUUGUUUUGGCUGGAACGAUUUGGAAGGUUGAAAUGGCGAGAGACUGGCUUUGAAUCAUCAUUUUACUCAUUCUCUCAAGCUCUUGAAGAUGUUUUUGGAAACCAUCACCUAGUUGACUGCCUGUUUUGCCCAUGUUGUUAGAAUGCAAUCUCUGAUACUGUGGCUCCCCCAAUAGUAAAGAAUUUUGGUGUGAACCAAUCAAAAUCUAUGGUUUGCUGGUGGGUUCAUCCAAUUUCUAAGGAAUACUGACAAUGAAAUUCCAGAAUGAACAACUCUACCUUCAAAGCAUCUUGUAUUUGAUUGGUUCUGGAUUACAUGAAACCCAACGCUCAGUUCGUUAGAUCAGUCAGUCAGAUAUAUUUCUGUUUCUUUGCAGAUCACCUGUGAUGGCAGGAGGACUUUUUGCUAUCAAUCGAGAGUUUUUCCAUGAGCUUGGGCUGUAUGAUCCAGGAAUGUUUAUCUGGGGUGGAGAACAAUAUGAACUUUCCUUCAAAGUAAGUUCAUUCUGCUCCUUAUUUACACGUCAAUCACUUUACAAUCCCAAAAUAAGAAUGCUUAAUUACGCUCACUGGGAUAUUUUUCUUAUUGAAGUACCAUCUUUCCAUCAAAAAUUUUUCUUUGUCAAAGCACUUGAAUGGGAACAUCUUAGUUCUUUAUUUGGCCAGAUAAUGCACAUGAAAGAACUCUGUUUGUUCAUGGAGAUAAAGAUAAGUGGCUCAAUGGAGGAGAAACUAUUCCUUUGUUGAUACACUCCAAAAAACUUUUUCAGGAUAGAAAAGAAGGAGGCAUUCCUCAUGAAAAAAAUAAAAAAGUGAGUGGGGGAAUAGAGGGUAGGGGCAAGAGGUUCUUUUAUUUGCUGUGGUAAAAUGGUAAAGGUGCCCAGAGCCCCAUGUGGCCAGAGCUGAGGUCAGUUUCUGUAGCCCAAGUCCCCUGGGAGUAUUGCUGCCAACCCCAGAUGCAACCUCGUUCCCAGGGUCCUCUAGGGGGCCGAGUGGGAGAGGACCCUGGGUACGAGGUUGCCCGAGAUGUGAUGCUAGUACAUUAUUCAGGAUGAAAUUGUAUGACAGCUAACUCUCCUGGCAGCUAUAUUACAAUGAAAAUGUGGACAUGUUCUUUAGUGAUAGUCUGAGGAUUAUCUUUAAUUUGUUACUUAGUUAUGGCAGUGUGGUGGCCAGUUGGAAAAUAUCCCUUGUUCACGUGUGGGACACGUCUAUCGGCAUCAUGUCCCCUAUUCAUACCCGAAGGCUGAUGCUACCCUCAUAAACUUCAAGCGAGUGGCAGAAGUUUGGAUGGAUGAGUAUAAGGAGUGGCUAUAUGACAAAAAGCCUGAGCUGAAGAAUGUAGACCCAGGGGAUAUCAGUGAUCGGAUCGCAUUACGCAAAAAACUCAAGUGUAAAAGUUUCAAGUGGUACAUGGAAAAUGUUGCUAAUGACACCGUCAGAUCAAUUUAUGAACCUCUUAGGGCUAAUGGUCCAGUAAGUAACAACUGAACAAAACUAUGUAAAUUACUAGCCAGAGCUGUAAUUUUAAUUAGUUAGAGAACUUUCAGUAUUUAAGAUUUUGUAAGCAGUUUUAUUUGCAUGACCAUGUCACUAAAUUAUGUGAAAUAUAACUUACAUAGUUAAUAAAGAGGUAACUUCUAAGGGUUAAGAUACUUAAGAUAUAACUCAAUCACAUCUCACAUAAUACUGCUUCACCAGUAGAGGUGAACAAAAGAGACAAAGAGAACGUUACAUGGCCAACAAAUAAGGAGACUGCACCAUUCCAGAACUUGUUACAGCCUAAACAUUGGGUGGGCUUUAUGUUAACAUUUCAUUAAUAUUGAUUAUUUCAGUAAUUCUCCUCGCUUUUCCUCUGAAUUUUGUAUGGUAUAAUUGUAAGGAGAAAAUUGAUAUUGGUCAAUCCUGGGACGUGAAUCAGGGGACAGGGACAGGCUCAGUCAAUUGAUUGCAAUGCCAGGCAAACUGUAAAAGGUCUUGUUAAAUUUUACAGUAGAUAGUUAAUGCAAAAGAUGACUACAUGUGGUUUCUUUUUCGUUGUUCCUUUCUUCUGAAAUAAUAAUUAUUUAGUAAUAAUUAUAUCAGAAGGAAGAAGACAAAGAAAGAGACAAGAAUCUUGAGUCCUUGGAGGAUUCAAACCUGUAACAAUCCAGUAGUCCAGUCUGGUAACAGUCCAAACAUAGGGUAAACCUCAGGUAAUCAGUUCAUAAAUCAUUAUGCAGUACAUGUUGCCUUUGAAACUUAAUUGUCUAGUUUUUAUGUUUUAAUGUCUUUGUUUUUGUGUUGUGUCAGGGCUCCAUUUAAACUAGCUCUGCUAAAUCAGACGCCCCAGGAUAAAUAUUGAUUAAAAAAAGUGAAAGAUGAUGUUGGUCACUUUUGGGACUUUUAAAAAACAUUAAAAAAAUAAUAAGACCCAGUGUAUUGAUUGCAAGGUCAGGCAGACUAUCACAUACAAAAAAAUGAACAGCUAAUACUUAAAUUUUCUCAUCAAUAAUUCAAGUACAGUUCUGUUAUGUAGGGCUGUAUUCAGGUAUUGAAAACAGUUUCCUGUUGUGUUUGGAACAGAUGGCAAGGAUUGAAACUUGAAUUUUUUUUUAAUACUAUGCCUGUAAAAAUCACCAAAAAAUAUUAUGGUUAGUGCUCUUUGUUCUGAUAUCUCUUUCAUAACAAGUCUACUGGAGCAUUUUGUGUGAGGGUAAAUGCACUAAGAAAUGACUUUAGCAUAGAGUGGUUUUCGUUUGAGUGUCGUAAAACCAAAACCAAAGUAAUUACUCUGGCCAUAGUGUAUCCUGUGUCUGUUAUGUAACUUGGUUAGUUUUGAGCUUCAUUAAUGUACACCGACUGCGUUUGCGCGGGAAAAUGCAUGCGAGCGCGUCACAAUUGGCUUUGGUUUUACUUCUGAUUGGAUGAGAAGGUGGCGCGAAUCUUUUAAGCCAAUCGCAUCGUGUAGAAAGUGCAAAACCAAUUACUUUUCGACACUCAAAUGAAAACCGCUCUACAAUAAAUUGACCUGAAACAGCAAUACCCUCAAGACGUAGGCCCUUCUAGUUCCCAGUUAACUUGUGACCAACAUCAAUUUUCUUCUAACAUCAUUAGCAGAUCAUCAAGAGUAAAGGUUAUGAGAGUUACUUAAUUCGUACUAAAUUCUUAAAAGAAAUAUAUGGAGAUAAGUCUGGAGAAUUUGUAUGUGGAUCUUGGGGCUUAAAAGGUUAACAGGUUAGAAGAAGGGAAGAUGAGGGAUAGGUUGUGAGUUUCCCAGAAUCUUAUAACUUAUUCUCACUUACUUUUGCGAGUAUUAAAUUUUGCGAAAAAUCAUGAGUGAUGUUUUGCGAGUAGGUAUUUAAUUUUAUGGUUUUUAGCCAAUUUUUUGCCAAUUAAUGAUAAAAAAAAAUUAAGUGAGAAUAAGGUACUGAUUUAGCCAUUUCUUUUUUCAGAUUCGCAACCCAGGGACUAAUCUCUGCUUAGAUUCUUUGGGAAGGAAAGCUGGAGGAGAAGUGGGACUAAUGAAUUGCCAUGGAAUGAUGGGAAAUCAGGUAAAUUACACACAAAACUAGACUGUCCACAGUCCCCUAAUUUCCCUGUGAGAUUGUUGAGGUUGAGUGCUUUGCUUCUUUUGCGUUAUCAGUGGCCAUCUUGGAUGAGUGUCAAAUCUACUUGAUCCUGACGACCUUACGACAAAAUAGGAGACUGUGAACAGUCUUAGACAAAACCUGCUUUACAGGCAUCUAAUAAAAUUAAAGGUCAUCUUAUCCUUAAAAUUUUCUUGUUCCUGGGGAAGGCCCCUACAAUUUCUCUACAAUGGAGACUUUUUUCAGUUCUUUUACAUGACCCUUGCCUCUCCUCCUUUAAACACAAGUUUAAGUGAAGUCACAUCCACUGUAUUUCAUUUCAAUUUAUUGGCAGGCUUUUCAGUAUACAUUUCUGGAUGAGUUUCGUCAAGAUGAAGCUUGCUUGGAUGUUAGUCAAAGCCACAGUGGAGCAAAAAUAGCAUUUUAUGGCUGUCACGAGCUCAAAGGAAAUCAGGAAUUUAAGUACACUUUGGUAAGGGACAAUAGAACCUUGAGAUGACAUGCACACACUUUUGAUCUAUAGACUGCUGUCCUUGGGACAAAUUUUGUUAUUAUCUUUAAUUUCAGAACGUCUGGUAUUAUUGCAAUACUGCAUUCUAAAAGUGUGGUCGGGGUGUUUUAAAGGGUGCAGGGAAGGGUGUGGCAGGAGUCCUUCUUUUCACCUACACCAGGGUUGUUAUUUCUACUCUGCCCAAUCUUCCUCAGUGAUAAACUCAAAGAUGGUGGCCACAGCAAUAUGAAAAAAAAAACAAGCAGCUUUGUUUGUCUAAAAAAUACGCUUGCAAUGCAGGCGAGAUGUCUUUAUAAAACAGUGCUAUCAUUUAACAAGUGGCUUGCAGUCCCCCCUCCCCCACCCUAUACAAUGCUGAAUCUCAGAAAACUAUUCUGCUGAAGUGGGUCCAAUGUUCUGUGGGGGGAGGGGAGUGAUCGGGCAUGUGUGUGCUUUAAAUAAGUGCCACACUCACAGACUUUUGUUCAUGACGGGAGGCUUCAUGAAGGUUAUAUCAGUAAAUCCUCUAUUAAGGCAUACGUGUGUUGGGUAGCUGUCAAGCCUACAACAUUUAACCCUUUAAACUCUUAAGAUCAAAAUUUGAAUUCUCAUUUGUUGCUCCUAUUCAUUUCCUACAGAAGUAGUGGGGAGAAGUUGAUAAAAUAUCAAGCAAAUUCAUCAUGUGUGAUCAUGUCCGUAAUUCUCAUGACUACUCUGUUUUACAAAGCAUUGAUAUUACAAGGAGAAAUUUAAUGCUGAUCACUCUUAGGGCUUAAAGGGUUUUAAAAUAUGUUUUUUACCUUAUUUUCUAUUUACUUUUUUUCUACAGAAGAAGAAACUUGUUCAUGUCAUUACAAACAAUUGCGUGACAGCAACCAAUAAAGGAUAUCCAGUCAUGGAGCCAUGUGUAGACAAGCCAGAACAAAUAUGGGAAAUUAAAUUAAAUGACCUCUCAAAAUUAACAACUAAAAAAUUAGCUUAAUUGAUCAGAUUUUAUUUCCUUCACGAUAAAAUCAAAUCCACUAGAUCAAAGCUCAAGGCCUGUGUAUCAAUGCAAAGAAAGCUUUUUUUAGCUCAAGGCUGAUGUUACUGUAAUGUAACAUAUUAUGUCUUGUAAUUAAGCCCACUGUGAGUGAACUCAGCUCACAACAUUUACUUGACUCUCAGUUGUUUAAAUAAAAUGCAAAAAAGUUCAACAGUACUUGAUUCUACCUUGAUUAACACUUGUUGAAGAGGAAAUGUUGCAAGAUAAGUCUAUUUCCAGGGGUGUUACAAACAAAAUUGUUAAACAGGUGAUAUGUAAAGCUAUAUACGGAAUUAGGCAGUGUACUGAGGUUAACAGUUGCCUCUUCUGUUCUUCUCUUCUUUUGUGGAAAUACUUGGGAUAUACACUUUCACAGUAGAGUAAAAUCCACUAUGAAUUUUCAGCUUAAGAA